AUGCCUUUCUCACCAGUACCACUCCAGCGUCAACUAUAGAGGAAGACGCAGCGUUGAUCCCAUAGCAAUAAUGAGACAGCUGUGUAUAUAACGUAGAUCAGUCAUUGAAAAUGAAUCAAAAUGCAUUCGACAUAUCAGUAGGCAGGAUAUCGCGUAUAUUUUCUGUGGGACACUGUGUGAUCUGACCGUUGGACCUAGUCACAUGAAUUGAUUGGUGAAGGACACUGACAAUACCGUUAAGAUAUAAUUCUCUUUCCUGUUGGAAACUUUUAAAACUCGGAAUUUGUCAAAAGUUACGACAACAUUAUGAAGAUUAAUUCCGCUAGUCUACCAUUGAAGAAUGGAACAUAUCUACAGACCGAACAUGGAUGUGGUCAUUAACUCAACGGAAGGGAUUCCAUCAACAGACUUACAUACAGCGAUCCCCAUACCCUUGGCCACCAUGGAAACAUUCCGGUGUCGGAACUGUUCCCGUAUCAAUCAAUCCGUGGAGGGGAUUUUGGAAGUUUCCAAGACCGGAAUAGUUAUAGACGUGUAUCCGGAGUUUAUCGGAUAUGCUUAUACCAUUCAGAGUGUUUUUAUUGGAAUUAUCCUUUUCUCUCUUAUCACUCUUACGGUGGCGGGAAAUGUCGUUGUACUAUUAGCCGUAUUUUCAAACCGAAAGUUGCGAACGGUAUCUAAUAUGUUCAUUGUAUCGUUGAGCUUGACAGAUCUCUUCGUUGGAACGAUAGUUAUGAUCCCUGCAGCUCUAAACGAAAUAUUCGGCGAAUGGCUAUUGGCUCGAGCGUUUUGUUCGAUAUGGGUGUCAUUUGAUGUCAUGUUGACCAGUGCCUCCAUAUUGAAUGUUUGUUUGAUUAGUAUAGACCGUUACAUUGCUAUUAUGACACCACUAAGAUACCGGACAUUGAUGACAAACCGUCGGGCGAUAUGUAUGCUUUCUAUUGUGUGGGGGAUAGCCGUGCUUUCUUCAUUCGUCCCCGUGGAAAACGGAUUACACAGUCCAGAUCUGCCAACACUUGAAAACUUGACGAUAUUCAGUGAACAACCCCAAUGCAUAUUCAUUGUGAGCUUCACAUAUGCAGUGAUUGCGGGGUCAGUGACCAUUUUGCUCCCUAUUAUUGUAGCUCUGACUUUGUACUGGAGAGUGUCAAAAGAGGCGAAGCGCCAGGCCUUCCUUGUAGGAAGUCUUAUUGCAGCAGGAAAUGUUCUACUCGGGCAACAUGUGGCGUCUAAGCACAUUCGGGAACCCUUUACAAGGAAAGCAACAGUGACGCUAGGCAUUAUUGUAGGUGCAUUUGUAGUGACAUGGACGCCAUUUUUAAUUGCCAACAGCGUCGACGCAUAUUUCCAGGUGAUUCCUCCCAAAGUUUUCACCGCAUUUGUGUGGUUAGGGUAUUGUAAUAGUUUAAUUAAUCCAAUAAUAUAUCCUUUGUUUAUGAGAGAUUUUCGGAAAGUCUACAAAUCGAUGUUUUCUCGUUGUUGUCCAUAUGUAAAAAAGAUAAAGUCCUUAAGGAAAGACAAAGUAUAUAGGUGCAUACCUUCUCCAAAGAAUCAACAAAGUAAAGCCGUAUUAUAGGACAGAAACAUCAAUAUUAUACGUGUAUGCUACAAUGAUUGACAUUUCAAAACAGUAUCUAUAUUUAACUCUGGUUUUUUUUUUUUUAAAUAAAUUCAGUAAAUGAGGGUAAAUUGGCAUGAAAUGUUAAUGUGAUAUUCCUCAUUAUAGGGUAGUUACAAAUUUAUUAUGACGUCAAUUCGGUAAGACAAUAGACUAAUUAACGAGUUCUUCGUUUAGGGUUUUGUUGGUGCACGCCUAGGUUAUCUUGAAUACAGCAGACAAUAAUUCUAGCUGUAAAUUUACACAAUGUCUCGACAAAUCGGAUCUCUGACAGAUUGUCCGGAAAAAGUCCGCACCUAGAAAUUAGAAGCCAACAAAGAUAAAAUGUAAAAGGUGAAGAGAUUGUCCAGUUUUGUAAAUAGGUUCAAGGAUAAACAUGAACAUAAUUCUGUGAUAAUUUGUGUGAUAACUUGAGAUACAUAAAUUAAUGAGAGAGAGAGUUGUUUAUUUUUAAAAGAGAGAGAAAAUUGCCAGCAAGCACGGAUAUUUUUCAAUGUCAUAGUUAUUUUCAUUGUUACGGAGGUUUGCAGAAAAGUUGUUAUAUAAUUUAUUCAGAGCAAAGCUGUGUUAUUAAGUGUAUACUAUUAUAUUUGUUUCAAUUUUGCCAUCCUGAAAGUCUAAAGGAAGGUGAAAAAUAAUCUUGAAUUCGCUUAAGUAAAUACUAAUCUGAAAUGAUUGCAGAAGUAGGCAAAUGAAAUGGUCACAUGGACGGUUCACUAUAUGAUAUUUUAGAUUUUACGUCCUCGCAAACGGUCAGGUCAUUUUGAAGCCAUUAGGGAUUCAAACUCAAUAAGAAACUAUAAUGAGUGUACAUAUUUUCUAGCUUUAUACGCUUGUACAUGUGUUCCUUAUGUUACUAUCAAGCUGAAAGCCACACAAGUUUUAAAGGAAAUACUUAUUCAUUAUGGUUCUGCAUAACAUAGAAUUUCUGAUAGAUUUACAAUUAGGAAAUUUAUAUAGGUUUUAAGAUGAUUUAUGUUAAACAAAUCAGAAAUCAUCACAAUUUAUUUAAGUUUAGUUGAAUUCAUGAUUUUUGUUUGAAAUACAGAUACGUCCAUACACUCCCUAGUAUGUUUAUGUAUGUGAUCAAAAUUGACUUACUGAACUGAAAUCCAUGUACACGUUAAAUUCACACAGGCACAUGUAGAAGAUUCCUCAUUGUAGCUGAUUACUAACAAACGAAGAACUUACAAACAGUGCUCUUUAGAAUAUCAUAUAAAUUCGAACAUGAUAAAAUGUAGAAACAAUUAGGAUAUUUAAGUAUAUUCUCCGUUCAUUUUUUCAACCUUUUUUUAUUUAAAUUCUUCACAUAAGUUAAGUAGCCGGAUUGCGUAAACAAUUGUUUUAUGUUAAAACAUUUAAAUAAAGCACUGAUCACAUUGAUAGGCCGUACCAAUGUACUGUAUAACAUGAUACUGCGGUAAAAUCAGCGAAGCCGAAACUGAGCAUCCCAGACAGAAAAGUAGUGUUAACAGCAGUCUGCUGUUUCAUGAUAUCACAAAUCUAAUUAUCUGUUUACAAGAAUCCCUUUACUGCAAGCACAAAAAUAGACACUGCCGCGAUAAGGUUAAGCUGUAAGGUGCGGACACACCAUUAAAAUAACUAAAUAUGGAUCGUUGACUACGUAACCUCCGGUAUUACCGUCACACGGCGAGGCUAUUUUGGUAAUGUAAUGUAAUGUAAAUGGCGUUUUGGUGUAAUAUAAUUAUCAGUCAGAUCACCGGUGUGGCUAUUACAGACAAGAAAUCGUGUUAAAAGGUCGGUUACUAAGUGAUAAAUCUUGGUAUAUUCCAUCAAAAAUUGUUCAUUUCAAAUUAGAAUAAGUUUGACAUUGUAAUCUAUCCGUAUUUCUAAAUCUUUCUAAUCUUCAUAGUUAUAGAUUAUACAAUAUAACAGUUACGUUGACUGUACGUAUUAAUUGAUUAAGAAAGGAAUUACUCACUUAUACUUACUGUAUAAACAGCAAAGUUCUAAAAACUAAAAAAUCAAGAUAGAUUUAUCAUUUAGCAAUUGCUUAAUAUGAUAUCUACAUCAAAAUAAAUCUUCAUGUGACUAAUGAUAAACUGAAAGAAGUUGUAUCAAGUUAAUUCGUCUUUUCGGGCAAUUACAAAACAAGACACAGAUAUAUAUUUAAAUCAACCGAAAUUAUUAAAACCAAAAUAUCAAUACAUAUACAUGUGAAGACUAAGUAAAAGUUCUUAAAGUGAGCUUGUCAGAAAUCAUAAAACUGCCAUGGUUGAAAUAGAUUAUCCUGAUUCAGCAAUUUCGAUGUGUUCACCAAUUUAUUCAUAUCACUGUCCAAAGAGGGCCUACAUGUUCUUGGUUCAGUAACCUAGGCUAAUUGUUUAUCUCCACAACUUGCUGUAACGUAGUAAGUAGCGAGUUUAAAAGCCAAUGGAUGGAACAUGAAAAAUUCUAACAAAAGAGGACUUUGUUUUCCAUGGCAAGAAGGUUUCAACAAAGGAUGUCUGUGUAAAUCUCCUAAACCAAUACACAACUCAGUUUGAAUAUCAUACAUGACUAGAGAUCUUAUCUACUUAAAAGAAAAUAUCAAUUUAGAAUCUCCUUUAAUUUUGUUUCUGAAUAAGCGAUGGCCGUAGGGCUAUCGUUAAAUCUGGACCAUUGUCCAAGUUUAAUUACUCACUUUAAAAUAGAUAUGGUGUAGUCUGAGAGCUUUAUACGAAGAAUGUUCUGUUACAUUAUUUCGUAGGACUAUCAAUAAGAUUGAUCACUCACGUUAAAUCGUUAACACAAAGUUGUAUCAAGUUAAAACUUUCAAUAUCAUUGAUCAAAACAGGGUUAUUUAUCACUAGCAUAGGUGUUUGGAAUCAAACUGAUACCAGAUGAGUAAAAGUCCCCUUACAUCACAUAUAGAUGGUUUCACGAACUAAUAUACGAUAACUGAAUUAUGAUAUACAUUAUAAAAAUGAAUAACGUCUGGCGAUGUAUGCAAUGAGUCAUCAUAAGCCUUACAGAUCUGACAGUUUCGUAGUAAUUCUAUCAAAACGUUCAUUCUGUAAUCAAGUAUUCGGAACAUGUCUGAUGACACUUUGUAAUCAGUUUGACCCCUCAUCUUAUCAGUCUAAUCGCGCUCCUGUAGCAUUAAGAAAAUUAACUGAUGUUAAACGUGGCUGGAACAGUUAUUAUUCCAAAGUCCUGAAACAAAGCCAUCCUUGUUUAGUUUAAAACGUAUCAGAAGAAUGGAUAGGUCGAAAUAUAAUUUUGAAUGUUCAUCAUAUGAUAACAUUUAGGGUAUCUUUUGGUUGUUUACGCAGUUUUUGUAGUAAGCAAUGUAUCUCGUCGACAACGAUUUUCCUUAACCACAGUGAAACUCUCAUCUAGAAGUACCCAAGGAAAUUUGCUUCUACAUGCAUUACAAUACGAUAGACGGAUUUCAUGAGAUACAAUAUAUGACGUCAUGUUUGUUUGAGAGUAAAAAGAUAAGAAGCUUUCAGCUUAUUCAAUUAUAUCCUCUCCAGGAGACACAGAUUUAAUAAUGUCUUUGUACAGCUCCUUCGGGAGAAGGUAUCCAUGUCAAGAUCGGGAGGCCAAAUUGUCUGCAAGUAUUUUUUGAUCACCUCUCUGUCAUUAAACAACCAAUAAAAAUUUCCUUCCUGUAGACUUUGCAUGAAAGUCCAUGAGUACAAUCUAAUGUGUACUGUGAUAUAAAUAGAAAACCGUCGCGAUCUUCUCAUCAAUAUCACAGCUAUAGCAGCAGUUGAACAUAUACAUUCAAGCUGGAAUACAACUUGAAAGGUUUAUUUCUGGAAAUGUGAUAUCUAAUUUCACGUACGUUUCCCCAGUAACAGUUUUAUUUUUGGAAAUGUGAUAUCUAAUUUUACAUAUGCUCUCUCAUUUCCUCUACUAUAUUUUCGUUUUUCAGUGCGUUACACAGUAAAUAUAAUUUCCCGCGGUCAUUUGAAGUGUAUUUUAAGACAUCAGUGUACUUACAAUACACUCAUGUAUAUAUACCAUGGCCCGUAUCCAUGAUAUCAUUCUCAUGUUUAUUAAUGAAAUAAGUGCUUACCACAAUUUUCUUUAAACUCGCUUAAAACCUGAGAACUUGACUUGAGGUCUCCGAAAUUCCUUCGAAUCAUUAAAACAUAUUAAUUAAAAAAAUGUGUCACAAAAGCAACUGAGUCUGAUAACAAAUUAUGUAUUUAAGCACGAGUGUGGUGUCAUGAAUACAGGCCAUGGAUUUUGAAAUUGGGAUUUGUGCCAAGAUAAUGAAGUAUGAUGAGUACGAAUUGGAUUGUGUGUUUAGUUGGUGUAUGUUUGCGGGCUGGGUGGAUGAAGGUGUGUGGUAUAGUGUGUUUGUGUGUGGGUGUGUGUGUGGGUGGGUGUUAAGGUGAGAGUGUGUUUGGUGGUAUGUGCUUGACUUUACACCUGAGUCUGACAGAUUAAGAUGAAAUUCCUCAUAUUACCAAAGUAGUUAAAUUACGUUACUGUUACAUUUUUAUUAUAUCUAACAGAUAAUGCAUGUUUUUAGCGAUAUGUUCCAAGCAAUAUUUGUUGGAUGCAUUGUUCUGUUCGUAACACAUUGUAUAAGAGAUGUAUAAUGGUGAUGUUGUGCCAGCGAUGUUUUUAUCAUAUUGUGAUCACAAUGAAUCGUUCUAGUCUUUCAUCUGGCUGUUCUGGCGUCCAUACUUAUAAACGUCCUAUCCCCAACGUAUCUUGUGUUGUUGACCCAUCGUUAUAAUGCUGUUGUUAUUCAUGAAGAAAAUAAUUGCGAAACUGACAAAAAUACAAUAAAAUAAUACAAAAAUAA